AUAUGCUACAUAAUAGGGGGGACCACAGCGAAUGGCCUCUAGCAAAAGAAAAUUUCCAGCAAAAUCCAUGCACCGACAAACAUCAAAGAAGGAUAACAGGAGAGAGAAAGUCUGAAUUCUCUGAGAAUGGGAAAGAGAAAUUUGAACAAAUGUCAAAAUAACCAGGCUGAAGAAAAACCUCAUAGCUUUUUUGAGUGCGGGAAGAAAUUUAGUUACAUAGACUCACUAGGGAGAAAUCAAGAAAUUCAAAGCGAAGGGAGCCCUUAUGAACAUUGCCUUUGCAGAAAAUGCUGCAGCGAGAGAGAACUGUUGGGGAAUCACCAGCAACAACAGACGAGUGAUAAGGCACGAAUGCCUUGAAUGUGGGAAAUGCUUCACUUCUAGGCAAAUCCUAGUGGGACAUCAAAGACUUCAUACCGGAGAGAGGCGGUGUAAAUGUACUGAGUGCGGGAAAUGCUUCCGUAGGGGAGAACACUUGAAGAAGCACCAGAGAAUUCAUACUGGGCAGAAACCAUACAAAUGUUCCCAUUGUCAGAAAAGCUUCAGUCAGAGUGAAUCUUUGAAGACUCAUCAGAGAAUUCAUACUGGGGAGAAACCAUACAAGUGUUCCCAGUGCGGGAAGAACUUCAGGCAGAGUGAACAUCUGAAGAUCCAUCAGAGAAUUCAUAUGGGAGAGAAACCGUGCAUCUGUCCUGAGUGUGGGAAAUGUUUCACGGAGAGAGGGGGUUUGAAGAAGCAUCAGCGAAUUCAUACUGGUGAGAAACCAUACAAAUGUCCAAUGUGUGAGAAAUGCUUCAUUGAGAGCGGAGCUUUGAAGAAGCAUCAGAGAAUUCAUACUGGAGAAAAACCUUAUGUAUGUUUGCAGUGUGGGGAGAGCUUCAGUUGGAGCGGAUUACUGAAGAACCAUCAGAGAAUUCAUACAGGGGGAAAUUAAAGGAAAAGGUCUGGAUGUAGGAAAAUUGCAUAAGCAAAGAAAAAGGUUUGAACAUGAAAUAAUUUAUACCAACUGUAAGAAAACCCUUGACAUGAGAAGAGGAUCAGUCAGAGGGUUAUUUAAGCGAUAACAGGAAAAUCCAAGAAUGAGAGGAGAACAAACCAGAGAGAAAUCAUAUUGGAGAGAAACUAUACACAUACCCUGAGUAUGGAAGAAGGUUCAGCCAAAGUGAAGCUUUGGUGAAGCCAUACAGGAAAGAAAUUGCAGUAGGGGAGAUUCUCAUGGUCAGAGAUGCCUUAGUGAGGGAAACCAUUUCAAGAAAUGGGAAGGAAUGUAUAAUGACAGUAUGAAAGUCCUCAGUCUGAGAAAAGCUGUCAGAAAAUGUAUUUAAUUGAUCACAGUUGCAUCAAUAGUAUAAUGUCUAGAUUGAGGGAAAUAUUAUUAGAGUGACUCUAUUCUGCUUUGGUCAGACCUCACUUGGAGUACUGUAUCCAGUUCUGGGAACCAGAAUUUAAGAGGGAUAUUGACAAGCUGGAACAUGACCAGAGAACAGGGACCAAAAUAAUCAAAGGACUUUGUAACACCUUUGAGGCUAAUUGUGCUAAAGAAAUUAUAGAAUAAGCUUUCGUAGGCUUGGUCUACUUCCUCAGAUGAAUGCUUCUAAUGUGUGAAAAGCUUCAGAAAAGGCAUUCAUUAGACAUCAGAUAAAUAAUUUAGGACAUAAUGCUCAUUAAUAUUCUUGGGUACCAAGAGUGUACCAUCUACAGAAAGGAAGGGGUGAGGGAAUGUGUUAGUAACUAAUUUCAUUUUAUUACACUGCAGAGAAUUAAUGGCAUUGGUCUUGUUAAUAAGACAAAAAGUUAAAGAGGUGGUAAAAAUUAGGCUAAAGACUGGCAGCAAAGAAAGAAGAGGUAGCAAGAAUAGAUUGUGACUAGGUUAACUAGGAAUAAUGUAUGAAAAAACUGUACAAAAUAUUUCAGUUAUUAACAAAAUAUUUUUAAAUGAGAAGCAGUUGAUAUUAUAUAUGAUAAACUAGAGGAUAAAUAUUAAAUGAUAUUUUGAAUAAAGAAACCCUUUUCUAUAAA